AUGCGCAGACGUCGUAGAUGCUUGGCGUUGCUUUUCAUUUUUUCUGCAUUCAUCACUCCACUUGGAUUUUUCUAUUUCACGAUUUCAAAUGAAUCUGGAAAAUUUGGAUUCUCCUCGGAAUAUACUAGCGGAUUUCAAACAUCAGAAGUUGCCGAACAACCUGAAAAUGUUCAAUUGGAUUUUAAAAGUUUUCCAGAUAGUGAAUGUUCUGAUUUUUCAUCAAAUGUAACAAUCGAUUAUCCAGAAUGUUUGAGCAAGAUGCAAUGGAUCAGAAAUGGAUGGAAGACUCAUCAAUGUUAUGCUGACAAUUACAUUGAUGGAUCUGAAUGUUCGUUUCGCUAUUAUUUAUCACAAGUGGAAAAUUAUUGUCCUCCAAUGACAGAAACUAUACGACGGAAUGGUCUUGCAAAGAUGAGUCCCAGUAUCCGACGCCUACUUCCUAUUUUUGAUGGAAUUCCCGUUUAUAUGAGAACAAGAAUUAAUCGAUUAUGGAAAAAGUGGAAAGAAGGAGCACAUGAAGUGAUGGAAACAUAUGAAAAAACAAUGACGAAUAGGAAAAAAUUGAAUGUUUUGGUUUUCAUUGGCUUUUUGGCAAAUGAACAAAAACUGAAACUGGCAAAGAAAUCAGAUCAUGGUGGUCCGCUAGGAGAACUACUCCAAUGGUCAGAUCUUCUUGCAUCACUUUCUAUUAUUGGACAUCAUUUAGAAGUUACGACUGAUAAAGACAGUUUGAGAAGUGUUUUAUGGAAAUAUAAAGAAAGAGGACCUUGUCAGUAUGUGAAUGGGACCCGUCAACAAAUGGAUACCAUUUUUACGGAUAUUAUGGGAUUGAACAUUUUGAGACAGUAUCACCGACAAUUCUUGUUGAAUAACAGAUGUCGAAUCCGCCUACUUGAUAGCUUUGGAACUCAUGCAGAAUUCACAACUAAAACGUAUUUUCUUCAAAAUAAACGAAAACUUUCGGGUCCAUUUUCCCAAAGAAACCCAUGGGGAGGACAUGGAUUGGAUCUUCGACAACAUUGGACAUUUUAUCCACAUUCCGAUGAUAACACAUUCUUAGGAUUCGUCGUAGACACUGAAGGCGUUGAUGAGAAGAGGCAGAAGACGUUAUAUCCAUCUGCUUUAGUUUAUGGAAAAGAGAAAUACAUGUGGGAGAACGCAGAAAAACCGAUUGGUGUGCUCAAGAAAUUUGUGAAGAUUCAUGCGACUGUUGCUGAUUUAGAAGACGUUAAUGAGAAAAAGACGAAUCAGUCUACAGUUUUCGAUGAUGUGAAAAACCAUGGAUUCUUGAAUUCUCAAGAAAUUUCGGAACUUCUUGACACGACUACGAUUUUCUUUGGAUUGGGAUUCCCUUUGGAAGGACCAGCACCAUUGGAAGCGAUGGCUCGAGGAGCAGUCUUCAUAAAUGCUCGAUUCGAAAUUCCGAAGUCGAGAAAGAAUUAUAAAUUUCUAGCCGAAAAGCCUACUUUAAGAGAGUGGACCAGUCAGAAUCCGUACAUGGAGGAAAUUGGAGAACCGCACGUGAUUACUGUAGAUAUAAAUAAUGAAAAAGAGUUGGAAAUAGCAAUCAAACGAGCAAUAGAAUUGAAGCCUAAACCAUUUGUGCCAUUUGAAUUCAGUCCGGCAGGAAUGUUGCUCCGAGUAGCUCUUUUGCUCGAAAAACAGGAAACUUGUGGAAAAAUUGCAAAGUCUAAGAGAUGGCCACCAGUUAACCAGAUGAAGAUUUUCAAAACUGUCAACUCUGGCGACUCUUGUGAAAUGACUUGUCAUUCUCAGAAGAUGAAGUGUGAAUCUUCGUAUUUUCCAAUCAUUAAUUCACCUUCUCUACUGCAGCGUCAAUUCGGAUGUUCAUCAACAAUCCCUGAUGCUUCUCCAUUUGCUCCAUUCAAUUGCACAGUCCAAUCGUCUGCAUAUCUUUUCAGUUGUGCCUCUCGUCCUCCAUUGGAAGUCGUCCGUGUAUGUCCCUGCCGUGAUUAUAUUCCAGAACAACAUGCCGUUUGUAAAGCGUGUCUUUAA